AUGUCAAUCAACAACACUCAAUCUAACAAAACCAUUUACACUUUGGCAACAAUCUCCCAAGCCUUGGAAUGCUCUUCUGUUCCAGGAGUGAUGACACUUAGAUUAGAAAAUAUUAUUAGAGUCAUUUGCAACACCAAUAAGCAACCCACCAACAUUACUGCUGAAGAAGCCAAAGCAACUGGUAUUAAGUUGUGUUUUUCUCAGGAGUAUUCCUGUCAUCGUUGGGGAACCUAUGAAUCUAAGGCAGCUUUGCGUGUGGUUCAAAAGCAAACAAAGAAAAACAAGUGUCCUGCUCUUCUUUGUGUGAAAGGAUUCCUUAAGACACCCGAGUUUUAUGAAUUUGUUGUUACAAAAGAUCAUGUAGAGCAUACUCCUGGUAAUAUGCAUAGUGACAUUUGCAUCCUUCCUCUUGCAAAGAAAUAUCUUCACGAGUUGGCUCAACAAUUAGAACAGUCGUCAAAAUCUGCUAGUCAAAUUAGAAUUGAUAUGUUGAGAGCUGUAGAUCAAUAUGAUAGAAAGUCUGAAAGAAAAGUUAAUUAUUAUGAUAUCUGGAAUUUGAUGAACAAAAUCAAUAAAAAGCUGUAUCAUUUUGACAAAGACCAAAUGACUUCUUUCUUAAUCUGGAUGAACAACAAACUUCCUGCCUUAAACUUCAACAUCUUUAAGGCAAACACUUCAUAUUCUCCAGAUAUAUCAGCCUUUGCAUAUGGUUUUAUGUCACUUGUUCAGCAAGAAAAAAUGAAAACCACAACUUCUUUUUGUUUGGAUGCUACUCAUGCAAUCUCUAGCAACGUGAAUAAGAUUCUUUAUACUCUUUUGGUGCAUGAUGAAGAUAUUGCAGAAGUUCAUGCCAUUCAGACAACUUUCCCUGCAACAUCCAUUCAAUUUUGCAUCUUUCAUAUAACUCAAGCAUGGAACCGAAAGUUAUCUGACAGUGUGAAGAUUCCUGCAUCCUUACCAUCAGAGACACAAAUUUUACAUGGUGUGAUGAUGAAGUCUCUGCAAGAGAUCAUUUAUGAAGAAGACAUAGACGAGUUUCAUCAUAAAAUUAUACAGUUUAAAGAAGACUUUGAUGACCAAGAAAGCUUCUUGGAUUACUUUGAGAGAAACUGGUGCACAGAAGCAAAGUUUAAGAUCUGGAUUUUCAUGAAAAGAUCUAGAAACAAGAGACUUGAUAAGCUUGUUUUUGUUUUAGUACAUGAUGUUGAGUAUUAUCUUACCCAAGAAUAUGAACAUGUUAUGUCAAACAAUGGUCCAAUGAGUUCUUUUACUAGACAACAAAGAAUACGUGAGAUGGAAGCUAAAGAAGUUGAUGAUGAUGACAGGAAAAUGAUGAUUGUUGCUUCUGGUACUGCAGAAGAUGUAAAUUGGCAAGUUCAGUCAUUUGUAAAUGAAAAUACAGCAUAUGUUGUUCAGGUUGAAAAGCCAAACUUGAUUAUUUCGUGCACCUGCUUUGAUUAUCAGCGAAGAUAUAAACCUUGUAAGCAUAUGUAUUUGCUUAAAAUGCAUACAAACCGAUCUCUCUACUUCUCUCCACCUUCUGUCACAAGUACAAACGUAAUACAGCCAGUCUCUACCUCUGAAACAGUCACAAUCACACCAACUAUCAGUCGUACAUCUGCUUUUAUACAGCAAUGUAUUGACAUCAAUCAAACACUUCAGUAUGCAAACCAAGAUCUACUGACUAUGCAACAGUAUAUGACUGAAGAUAAUGGUCAGACUUUGUUUGAUAGAUAUAAGGCUAGUUUUAGGCAACUAGGCUUGGGAGACGAAGAUUAUGAACUUAAGAAAGAUGGUCUUUUAUUGAUAGCAAUUGAGCAACACAAGACAGAGCCAGAGACAGACACAGAGACAGAGACAGAAACAGAAGGACACAGAGAAAUGAUCCAUGCAUUGAGAGAUGCAGACAGUAAAAACACCAGAGUACUAGUUACAGCUGAGAUAUGGGUGGGAUUAUUCUUAGACACAACAGUAUUAUAA